UGUAACUCCCUCCUCAUCGGCCUACCUCAUUGCAGGCUAUCCCCUCUUCAACUCACCCAACUUACUAACCGUUCCAUAUCUUCCACCCCUCUCUGCCAAUCCCUCCACUGGUCUCCAUUCAGUGUCCUCCACCCCUCUCUGCCAAUCCCUCCACUGGUCUCCAUUCAGUGUCCUCCAUCCCUCUCUGCCAAUCCCUCCACUGGUCUCCACUCCAUGUCCCCCACCCCUCUCUGCCAAUCCCUCCACUGGCCUCCAUUCAGUAUCCUCCACCCCUCUCUGCCAAUCCCUCCACUGGUCUCCACUCCAUGUCCUCCACCCCUCUCUGCCAAUCCCUCCACUGGCUUCCCAUUGCCCAAC